UUCUCCAAGCCCAGAAGCGUCGCAAUCUAAUCCUGCUGCUGAGAAUUCGGUGAUUGCAAAAGCCAUGUACACAAAUUGAAUUGAAUUUCAAACUCAAAUUUCAGAAAUGGCGUCUGUCUUAGACAUAGCACCUUUGCUUCCGCUUCGAGCUUCAACGAAAUCAUGGACAGGGAAGUGUAUAAGGAAUUGUAGGAAGCAGAAGGUUUUGUGGAACCAAGAUGUGUUUCAAGGCAGUUCAAUUGCUAAACUUCACUACGUGGAAGCUAAGGCAGCAGCAGGAAGUAGUAACCAGAAUACGAAGCCAAAUAGUGUAAUCUGUGCUGAUUGUGAUGGCAAUGGAGCUGUUUUGUGCUCACAAUGUAAAGGGAGUGGAGUCAAUGCAGCCGACGUCUUCAAUGGACAAUUUAAAGCUGGUGACUCAUGUUGGCUUUGUGGAGGCAAAAAGGAGAUGUUGUGCGGGAACUGCAAUGGAGCUGGCUUCAUUGGUGGUUUCAUGAGCACUUUUGAUGAGUAGAAUUUUGCCUGGUAUACUGGAGGUUGAGUGUUGCGUGAAUUCCCUUAAAGCACAGAUGUGAAUUUUACUAUACGUAUUCUUUUCUUUGGUGUUCGUAUUCAAAACAUGAUAGGCUCAGUAAUCUAUAAGCAGUUCGUUGCUAUUAAGCUACUACGAACUCAAGUACUCAUUUGAGGCUGUAUCAUUCUAAAUUUUGAAAUAUAUCUCUGAAGUUACUAAUGUUAAUUUUCUCCUUUGAUUAUGCCACCAAUUUAUGUAUAGAAGGGAUUAAGAUUGUUU